CUGUUGAUGCUGAUGCUCAGAGAAGGAGGGACGGGAAAAUCAAAAGUUAUACAAACAAUCACUGAGCAGUUUAAAGCUGACAAUGCAGAUACGAAACUCAUGAAGGCAGCAUACACUGGCAUUGCGGCAUCUUUGAUAGGGGGAAAAAUGAUGCAUUCUGCAGCUGGUAUUUCG